AUGGAGAACCCGUUGCAACCCCCAAUCCUACCAAAGACCGGAGGCCUACGCAAGUCGAACUCCACGCGCAAUUUAGCUUCUCUGGUUGACGUACAGACACAUUUAAACGAGGAGAAUCAGGUGCUGCAACGUCGAAAGUCCCUGUCUAAGCCGCCACGCCAUGCAAGCGUACCUAUGUAUGCCCAAAUCUUGUUACAGUUGUGGCAACGGGAACUCAAUCGUAACGAUGUGGAUAUUUCCAGUGACUUUUUUUACGAUUUAAAUGGCACGAAAGAUCAAGUAGCGCAACUCGUGGGUCGCAUGCAAGCGCUCGGGUUUAAUAUCACUGUAUCGCAGUUUCUCGCAAUGCAUCGAUGCUCUAUUUACGCAUUAUUAGUCGCGGCAUUGUGA